AUGUCCCGAGUCUGGCACAUCAGUGGCGCCAACACCGGGCUUGGCCUCGAGCUCACGCUCAAAGCCCUGUCCGAGGGUGACCGCGUCAUCGCCGCCGUACGCACUCCGUCGAAAGUCCCGGAUAGCUUGAAACGGAACGACGUUGAAAUCCACCAGUUCGACCUCUCCUGGCCCCAGGAAGCUAUGGACAUGUAUGCAAAAAAAGCAUUCGCAGCGUUUGGGAAGAUCGAUGUUCUCGUUAAUAGUGCAGGCUAUUCGUAUAUGGGUGCAAUCGAAGAGUCCGAGGACGCUGCGGUGAAGACUCAGUUUGAUAUUAACGUCUUCGCCCAGCUCCGGCUUAUCUGCGCAGCCUUGCCUCACCUUCGCGGACAAGGCAGUGGCACAAUUAUAAACUUCUCUUCCAUCGGCGGUCUAAUCUCCGGCCCUAGUAACGGGAUCUACUGCGCCACCAAGUUCGCGCUGGAGGGUCUAACGCAAGCCCUCGCGGCCGAGAUCGCGCCAUUCGGGCUCAAGGCGCUGGUCGUUGAGCCGGGCUAUUUCCGCACCUCCUUCCUCUCAUCCGUCACCUCUGGAACCAACAUCGCACCUGCAUUGGAUGUCUAUGAGGGGACAGCUGCGCAUGAGGCGCGGAAGGCUUUCUUCGAUUAUGAUGGAAAUCAACGCGGCGAUCCGAAAGAGGGCGUCAAGAGGAUAUGGGAGUAUGUCGCUGAUGAAGGGCUGCUGAAGGGGAAGGAAAAGCUGUUAAGAUUACCUUUAGGAAGUGAUACUGGAAGUGUGCUGACUGCAGUGGCGAAGGAGUUAGAGAAGACAGCGGAGGCGUACGAAGAGGUGUGGAGGAGUACGGAUUUCACUGAAGGGAAGUAG